AUGGUCUUGGUUGGGGUAUAUAAUAAAAUAAAUUUAUUUCUGUGCAUAGUUGCGAAAAUCAUGAAAAAGAUACGAAACGAUCCCAAUCUGCGUGGAUUAGAGGCAGAAAACAAACUAAAAAAACAAUGCGAUAAAAGGGGCGAGGCAGGAUGCCUGGUUGAGACAAGAGACAAUCCUCACUAUAAUAGGGACCAGAUAAUUCAGUUUACCACUGCUAAAGGAGGACCAAGAGGAGGAGAAAUCGACGAAUAA